AUGUCGCCCACUGCUGGAGUGUCCGAUGGUGAUCCUAGUGGCUCGGCAUCGAAUAGGAUCACCAUUACUGAAUCCAACCUCAAUCCUGUGUUACAGAUAUUAACAUGGCUACUUCUUGCCUUCACCACGCUGGUGCUUUCUUUCCGGCUCUUCACAAAUAUCAUCGUGAAAGGGAGAAUGCCCGUUUCGCUGGAGGAUCUGCUCUUUCUAUCUGCAUUCAUUUUCUCGGUCGCUGAGUCUGUUACGGUGGUGAUACCAGCAAGCAAUGUUCUAGGGAAAGAUAUCAGCGAGAUAAAUAGAAGCGAUCUAGUUGGGGGCCUGAAGGCUGAAUAUGCAAGAGAUAUUCUCUUCGUCCUAUCUCUAGCCAUGGCCAAGCUCUCCGCUUGCCAGAACAUCUUUAUCCUAUCGCCAAAUGACACGCCGAGACUCCUCGCGCGCAUCAUUGCUUGGAUCACCGGAUCAUGGAUGGUUGUCUGCGUUCUUGCAACAGCCUUCCAAUGCGGCACCCAGGGGCCGUGGACGCAGGAAGACAGCCACUGUCUUAACCAGCAUGCUCUAUACACGUUUAUAAUUAUCCCCGCAACGAUUUGCCAAAUCGUGUACAUCCAGCGGCGUCCGGAUCCUAACUACACGCUUCACGCGUUCCCUUAUUCCAUCUGCGUCCAGGUCGUCCAGUUCCUCAGCUUCUUCGCGGUGUGCGUUGUCUACUUCUGGCCCUUCAUAAAAUCUUUGCAAAGCGGCCUGGAACGAUUCAGCGACGCCAACAUGAUUUCGGAUUGA